AUGUUUGUUUUGUGUGAAAUGAAAGAUACAGUCAGGAUUCCACCCUGGGAGUUUAAAGAAAACACAACGGAUGCCAUUAUGGAUAUUCUGAAUAAAAAAUUUGCCAAUAAGGUUGUGUAUAAUGUAGGGUUAUGUAUAGCUUUAUGGGAUUUAGUCAAACUUGAAGAUAGUUUUAUCUUUCCUGGUGAUGGAGCUACACACACUAACGUACAUUUUCGUUAUGUUGUGUUCCGACCAUUUAUAGAUGAGAUCCUGGUUGGUAAAAUAAAAUGUUCCAGCAAGGAAGGAGUUUACGUGUCAAUGGGAUUUUUUGAUGAUAUUUUUAUACCUGCUGAUGCUCUUCAACACCCAGCCAUUUUUGAAUCACAAGAUCAGAUCUGGGCCUGGGAAUAUGAAGUAGAUGAAGACACGAAACAUAAAUUAUUUAUGGAUAUUGAUGAAGAAAUCAGAUUUCGUGUUGUCGAUGAAACAUUUACGGAUACCACGCCCAGCGGUCCAGAUACCACUAAUACUGAAAGUGAUAUACCUACUGAUCCUGAACUAAAAAAACCUCCAUAUACCAUUACAGCUUCGAUCAGUGAUUCUGGACUAGGGUGUAUGUCAUGGUGGAAUGGAUAA